AUGGCCUCGUUGUCGGGGAUGGCAAAUGGUUCUAUUCUCAAGCAUAUGGAUGAACCACCACCACCCGACGAUAGAGCAUACUACGGUUACCCACCCCAUGGUGGAGACCCCUACUAUCCUCUACCACAACGUUACCCACCUCCACCAUAUUAUCCAUCUUAUGCCUUUCAAUAUCUUCCUCCCUACCACUAUCCACUACCUUCACCCUCGCCAUAUUACGACGAAAGGGACACCCUUGCUAAGAUGAUGGAAAUGCUUCAAAUGCAAGGAGAAAUGGAUGCUCAUGCCAUUAAAUUGAGAAGCGGGAAGGCACUUCCCGAGGCUACUCCACCACCAAAGAAGACCACUACUAAUGAGGAGCCAAGGACGGAACUGAACUCCCCUGGAGUUAAGAGAGAUGAGCCAAGCAAGGAUAAGGAAGAUGAAGAGGAAGAAACUCUAAUACAACCUCCCAAGAAAAGGAAGGAGGUCGUGCAAGAUCCUCCGCCAAUCACUAAAGCACGGCUUCCCUUCGCACAAUGCUUCCAGACAGAUGUUGACAACGCAAAGUAUGACAAAUUCCUUCAAAUACUACGGCAACUUCAUAUUGAUAUGCUUUUCAUCGAUGCACUAGGAGAAAUGCCAAGGCAUGCCAAGUUUCUCAAAGAUCUUUUAUUUAAUAAAAAGAAGCUAGUUGAGUGCAGUUCUCAGAGAAGACUAAACUUGGGAACUCUUAAAUUCACACGCAUGUGCAUACAACUCGCGGACCGAUCUACCAAAUACCCUCGUGGUAUUGUGGAAGACGUGUUGGUAAGAGUUGACAUGUUUAUCUUUCUGGUCGACUUUGUUAUCCUUGAUAUGGAUCCUGAUGUUGAAGUGCUUCUCAUUCUAGGUAGGCCAUUUCUAGCCACCGCAAGGGCACUUAUAGAUGUUGGGGAGGGCAAAGUCGUCAUAUGA